AUGGUACUCUCAGAAUACACCAGCUACCGGCCUGCCAGACUCGAUUUUGAUAAUAAUUCACUGCUCAUUGUAAGACAUGGCGCAUCUGCGACUAAAAAUCAUUACCUGCGAACUGAGCUUUACCAACUUUCUCUUUUCGGCAACCAACCGAGCAACACCAACGGAAUCCGUCUUGUUGGCUUAAAUAUCAAGUUAUGCUACCAAGCCACUUACCUGAGUUGGACCGUCAAAACUUGGUCGUCCCGAGAAGGCUGGGUAGGCAGGAUAAACGGGAGAAGGUGGCGCCCUCAUGAAAGACGAGCCUCCGACACGAUUGUAACUGCCAUCACUGUAAGCAUGAUUUGUGAACAGAAAGAACCAAACAACGAUAAGUUGACCAGCAUUCGCCGGCUCUUCGGGGUGAUUGUGAAAAUGCAGGUAGCAUACAAGCAAAGAGUGACUUGA